AUGAGAGGAAAGAAGGAAUUAUUCAUGCUGACCACAGGCUUCGUGUUGUUUAUGUUUGAUCUGGUCACAGACAUCGUUGUAGCAACAUGGUAUGGGCAUGUAGGCGAAUAUUGGUGGUUUGGUUUGACGUUAUUUUUUAUUAUCGUUCCUCUUUUCGUUGUCAGUAUUAUGGCUGCCGAACAAACAGUUGCUAUUAACAAUCUACAAUAUUGUCGUUUAGCGUUUACAUGUUCGUCCAUAUUUGUGCGGUAUGUCCAAGAGUUCAAAGAUUGGAAACAAACACAUUGGGAUAAUCCCCCUUGUGGAGACAACUAUAAAAAAUGCAAUUGUCCAAAUUGCGAGCAGUACCGCGCGGCGAUAAUGAAGUCUAACAGGUCAGCAUACAAGCUCGCGUGGGUACGUUAUGUAGAGACACUUACAGAGUCUACUCCACAAUGGUGUCUACAGAUGUACAUCAUGUUACGUCAGUGGGAUUUUCCAUGGUUAACCGUGCUCUCAGCCGUGAUUUCCCUGCUUUCUUUAGCAUGGAGCAUGACUGCUCUUGAGAAAGCAAGAGUACAUAAAAAUAGACAUAAUUUCACACUGCCAGCCACGGUUGUAUUUUUCACUUCUCAAUUGUUUAGUUUGCUAUCCAGACUGUUUGCAAUUGUAGCAUUCGCAUACGUCUUUAAGGAACAUGUGUUCACAGCACUGGCGGUUCAUUGGCUGAUAGUACAUGUUGUCUCAUGGUUGAAAAUCGAUUUGGAUUUUGAAGGCAAGUGUGAUGCAGUAAAAUUGUUUUUUGGAUACAGUAUUUUCAGUUGUCGGCUUAUUUUACACGUGCCGAAUAGGUUAACCAAAGAAGUUUCCAUUCCACGCACUUUCUAUUUUGUGUUGUACAGUAUAAUAUCCGUAGAGAACGUUUUGCUCGCAAUCUUGGUGGUGACAAUACCAAUACCUGAUGUGAAACAUAUGAGUGUACUGAGACCAAUUGUGCUGUCAUUGGUUAUAAUAGGCGUGGUCCUAGGUACCAUUUUUCUCAUGGUAUAUAACAAGCACCUCAAACCGACAGAAGAACGGAGAGAAGAGCCAACAGAAGAACCAACAGAAGAACCAGUAGUUUAAUUAAGGCGAACUCAUGAAAAAUGGACAAGAAUUAGAAAGCACAUGUUAUACAGCCCACAUUGUGAAUAUUAUCAAGUGAAUGAAACACUUGGGACGAAAAACACUUGAUAAACUUUAUUAACUUUAUUAGGGUAUAAUACACAAUUACUGGUAAACUAGUAACUAAUUGUGUAUCAUAAGAAAUAAUUAUUGCUAUGAACAUAAGAAAGAAAUAAUAAAAUGCUAUGAGAAUUAACAAUGCGGUGCUAUUAUCGCAAACAAAAACAAUAUAUAUUAAAAAGUACUCAUUUCUGAUCGAUUAAGAG